AUGUCUGCCCGAACUACAUGUAAAGUCGACGUCGAGUCAAUCAGGCCACUCGCGAGCUCCAGAGAACGCUUUGCUAAUUCGGUAGGGUCACUGUACUUUUCCCUACCUUUCCACUUCGGGUCGCUCGCUCUAGAAGUUUACCAGCAACUGGCUGACCAUAUCAUCCCGCAGAGCCCUUUUGGCUACGGUGCAUUUGCGACGACAUUGAUGACUCUAUCACUGGCUAAUAUGGGUAUUCGGAACAUUGAAAAUCAAGCUGUUUUCAUCGCCAACCUCUGCUUCCUAGCUGGUCUGGGCCUCCUCAUCUCAGCUCAGUGGGAAAUGGUAAGGGGUAACACGUUCGCCUAUACGACACUCAUUGCUUUUGGACUGAAGCUCCCAGCAUUUUACUAUGGCGGUUAUGGCUUCCUGCUGAUCCCUUCGAUUGGAAUUGUCGACAGCUACGGUGGCAAGACGGAGCAAUAUUAUACGGCUUUUGGACUCUAUCUUGCUGUCUGGUCGCUUUUCAACCUCUUCUUCUUCAUUGCUGCUUUUGCGACGAACGUCGCAAACGUCAUUGUCUAUGGAGGCCUUGAACUUUCUUACACCUUGAAUUGCUCAGCGAAUUUCCUAUUCGCAAGCGGGAACGCCGCGGCUGGUGGGACUUUGGCCAAGAUCGCCGGUGGAUUUGGAUUUGUUGCUGCAUUGGCUGGUUUCUACGUGAUGGCCGCUGAGUUUUGCGGUGAAGUGCUGCCGUUUCAUGUCCCAUUGGGCGACUUGUCACAACUAUUUCCGAGGGAGAAGAGUCAGCGGCAUCAGAGAUGA